ACUGUCAAUCAAUAUGGCCGCCAAACGUUGGAUAUCUGGUCAAAGAUUUUUAUCAAUUGAGCGAACACUUCAGCGAGGUUUGUGGAAAGCACCUUCACCCAGCAUAGUGUUUAUGCAGCCUUUGAAUACAUAUAGUCCAUUUAAAGCGGAAUCCGUUAGAAAACAACUAUUCAAUGAGAAAAAAAACUUUAAACUUAAUGAUGAAGAACAUCAACCUAUUUCGAAAUCGAAACCGUUGGAUGUAUUUGUAAACAGGAAUCCGAAAAAUCCGGAAUAUUUUGGGUAUAAUAAACAACGUGGCUACUCUACACAGUAUAAGAAACGCAACUUUUACAAAAGGUUAAACCUCUUGCUAAGCCAUCGACAUGUUAAGGCUUAUGUUGAGGAUCAAAAAGGGAAUAUUUUGGUCAAAGCUUCAACAGCAGAGUUUGAAAUUCGGCAACACCUUUACAAAGCGAAUGAUGUAUCUGCUGCAACAAAUAUUGGUAGAGUUAUAGCUGAAAGAUGCAUUUGUGCAGGAUUAAACAGGGUAUCAAUGUACACUACUGAUUUACGUAAGAAGGAAAAGUAUAAGGGAUUUAGAAAAGCAAUAACUAAUGCUGGUAUCCAACUGACUGAACCAGCCCGAGUAGUUCCACCUGAAUCAUUCUACACAGAAAUAUCUGUGAGGAAAAAACGUAGAGGAAUAAUUGGCAUGAAAAUGAACAAUUCCACCAAGAAAAAAUUUACCUAGAUGACAGUUACAAACUCAACAACUCACAUUUAUUUUUAAAUUUGUAUAUUUGUUCUACCUUUUCUAUCAGACAACACGCUUCACCUCAAAAAAUCGUUUUAAAUAAUAAACUUGUCCAACCGACAAGGCUAUAAGAACAAAUGAUUCAAAGAAUGACCACCAAACAA